GUGCCGUAAUUACGAAAGGACCACACGACGCUGUGCAGCAAUGGCGGAGGUUGAAAACAGUUUGGAGUUAAAACGAAAAGCUGAUGAUGUUCAAGAUGAAGAUGGAAAUGAUGAAAGUACAGACUGGGUUGGACCCAUGCCAAAUGAAGCAUCAAAGACAAAGAAACGAAGAGUCCUAGAAUACGAGCGAGUCUACCUGGAUAACCUCCCAUCAGCUGCCAUGUACGAACGGAGCUACAUGCAUAGAGACGUUAUCACACACUUGGUGUGUUCGAAGACGGACUUCAUUCUCACCGCCAGCCAGGACGGGCACGUCAAAUUCUGGAAGAAGAAGGAAAAUGAGGGAAUAGAGUUUGUGAAACACUUUCGGUGUCAUCUUGGUGUGAUUGAAAGCAUUGCUGUCAGUGCUGAAGGAGCCCUUUUCUGCUCUGUUGGUGAUGAUCAGGCUAUGAAAGUGUUUGAUGUGGUUAACUUUGACAUGAUCAAUAUGCUGAAGUUGGGCUUUCAGCCAGGCCAGUGUGAGUGGAUCUAUAACCCCGGAGAUGCUAUCUGCACCGUGGCUUGCUCCGAAAAAUCCACGGGGAAGAUCUUCGUUUACGAUGGACGAGGAAGCAACGAUCCGCUUCAUGUCUUUGACAAAAUGCACUCCUCGCCACUGUCCCAAAUUUGCCUGAAUGCCAAAUUUCGUGUGAUUGUGUCAGCUGACAAAGCGGGAAUGCUGGAAUAUUGGACUGGCCUUCGGAACGAGUUCAAGUUCCCCAAACACGUGGGCUGGGUGUACAAAACAGACACAGACUUGUAUGAAUUUGCAAAACACAAAACCUACCCAACCAGCCUCGCCUUCUCCCCAGAUGGGAAGAAAAUGGCUACCAUAGCUACUGACAGGAAAGUGAGGAUCUUCCGCUUCUUAACAGGAAAGCUGAUGCGAGUCUUUGAUGAGUCGUUAACGAUGUUCACAGAGUUGCAGCAGAUGAGGCAGCAGCUGCCAGACAUGGAGUUCGGUAGAAGAAUGGCUGUAGAGAGGGAACUGGAGAAGGUGGAUGGCAUCCGACUGACGAAUAUCAUCUUUGAUGAGACGGGACACUUUGUUCUGUAUGGCACCAUGUUGGGCAUCAAAGUCAUCAAUGUGGAAACCAACAGGUGUGUGCGGAUUCUUGGGAAGCAGGAGAACAUCCGCGUGGUUCAGCUGUGUCUAUUCCAGGGGGUCGCCAAGGACAUGACUGUGGCCCCCACAGUAGAAAUGAAGGCCUCCGACAACCCUGCUCUGCAGAACGUUGAGCCUGACCCGACCAUCUUCUGCACUGCGUUCAAGAAGAAUCGUUUCUACAUGUUUACAAAAAGAGAACCAGAGGAUACGAAGAGCGCAGACUCGGACAGAGACAUCUUCAACGAGAAGCCCUCGAAGGAGGAGGUGAUGGCUGCCACUCAGGCCGAGGGGCCAAAGAGAGUGUCUGACAGCGCCAUCAUCCACACCAUCAUGGGAGACAUCCACAUCAAGCUUUUCCCUGUGGAGUGCCCGAAAACUGUGGAGAACUUCUGUGUUCACAGCAGGAACGGAUAUUACAAUGGCCACAUAUUCCACCGAGUAAUUAAGAGUUUCAUGAUCCAGACGGGAGACCCCACAGGCACAGGGAUGGGAGGAGAGAGCAUCUGGGGAGGAGAGUUUGAGGACGAGUUUCACGCCACGCUGAGACACGACCGCCCGUACACACUUAGCAUGGCCAACGCUGGGCCCGGCACCAACGGCUCACAGUUUUUUAUCACCGUGGUUCCGACGCCGUGGCUCGACAACAAGCACACAGUGUUUGGAAGGUGCACAAAAGGCAUGGAGGUGGUCCAGAGAAUCUCCAACUCCAAAGUCAACCCCAAGACCGACAAACCGUACGAGGACAUCAGCAUCAUCAGCAUCACCAUAAAGUGAUCGGCUUCAUCUUGUUCUGUAGUGACGUUCCUUUUUACUGGCUCAUUAAAGACGGCUUUGAUAAAA